CGAAAGAGCCCAACCUUGGGCCGACUCGACCGCUAUUUUGCCCUAGAAUUUUGCAAUUGCGACUACAUAAAUCGUGUAACGUUGAAUGCGCGUAAGCAUCGGAAGACUGCAGGAGAAACUGGAGAGAAGUGCCAACCCAAUUAUCAGAUUUCAAUUGUUACUGCACCGUUUCUUCUUCUUUUUUGAUAUUCUCCCUACAGAAUUUCUAAUUAUAUUAUUGUAGCAGCAAUUCCGAUGGAUGAAUCUGAAUUUCGACGCUGUCUCGAGCUCUUUCCUGUCGUCCGAUCUCGCGAUUAUCACAUGGACUCGGAUUCUUUGAGACAAUCAACAUCUGGGUCUGCAAAAACUGAGGGGCAUGAUGCACGGGAUAGUGGGGAUAAAAGAGCAUUCUGGAACAAACUAAAGUUGGCUGCCACAGAGAAGAUGGGUCCAACUGAAGCAGAAAGAUUUUGCAAGGCAUUUCAACAGGUUUAUAAUAAACUUGUGUAUGAAGAACUGACAUUAGAUGCUGCUCGGAAAUUCAUAAACUCUUCAGGAUUUUCUGGAAAAUAGUUGCUAUUUGCCAAUACUUUUAUGUAUGUUGCAACUGGACUUGUUUUGAACCAUGAAAUAGUGAUUUUGAGUUGCUCGGCAUAAUUAUUUUGAAAUCUUGCCCUCUGUUUGAAUGAUUAUUUGGUGUUCAUUGGUGUGUUUUUCCCCCAGUAAAAGAAUGUUAUGUUUAUGAUAUAAUUUGUUUUAUGCACUUAUUUCUCCUAUUUUUGGGUU